UGUAUUUUAGUAGAGAUGGGGUUUCACUGUGUUGGCCAGGAUGGUCUCCAUCUCCUGACAUUGUGAUCCACCCAUCUCAGCCUCCCAAAGUGCUGGGAUUACAGGCAUGAGCCACCACACCCAGUCCUGGAAAGAUUUUUGAGUACCAAAGAGUUAACAACUUUGGUAGCUAUCCCUAAAAAUAAAUGUUGUUCCCUUAGUACAAGGUGGUGCUCAGCCAAUAAUCACAGCUGCUCGUCUGCCUGGGUUUAAGUAGUAAAAGCAUGUUUUUAGGAAGAUUUAACUUCCAGUGAUGAGGAAGAGGAUUCAAGGUAAAUAUACUUUCGUCACAAUCCAGGCAAAAGUGUUAAUGUUAACUUACUAAAUCAUAUGAUCAUGUUGAAAACAUCACCUGUGUUGUCCUUAAGGUGACCACAGAGCACAGUGAGAGUCCUCUGGGGGUAGUGUCACUUGGGUUUCCUCCCAGGUUAAGAGAUUGAAAAAUGCCAACAUGGUGAAACCCUGUCUCUACUAAAAAUACAAAAAUUAGCCGGGCGUGGUGGUGGGUGCCUGUAGGCUGAGAGUUUGCUCAAGUGCAGUGGCUCAUGCCUGUAAUCCCAGCACUUUGUGAGGCUGAGGCAGGAGGAUCAGUUGAAGCCAGGAGUUUGAGACUAGCCUGGGCAACAUAACAAGACCCCAUCUCUACAAACAAUAAAAAAAAGUUAGCUGAGCGUGAUGGCACGUGCCUGUAGUCCCAGCUACUUGGAGGUAGGGGCUAACGUUGGAGGAUCACUUGAGCCCUGGAGGCCAAGGCUGCAGUGAAAUGUGAUCAUGCCACUGCACUCUAGCCUGGGCAACAGAGUGAGGCCUGUCUCAAAAUAAAUACAUACAUAAAUAAAUAAAGGGGAGAGAGUUCCAUUAUCCAGUUCAACAAGACUUUGGAGGAAAAGCAGUUCUGAAAUACAAUGGCUUAAGUGAAUGUCUGCAAUGGCCCUUUCCAGAUCUAAUGACCAAGGAACUCUCAGGACAAAAGAAGAGGAUUGCCCUUUAAAUGGUCCUCAAAAACAGGACUUGUGUGCUGCCUUACCAGGGAAAGAGAGAAACAUUUUAUCAGCUCAAAGAGCCACCUUCCAGUCUCCAAGUCUCCGAGAAACAGAGAUUCUAAAUAAAAAAGUCAGCAUCACAGCAUAUGAUCCAGACAAGAAAGACCUGCGGCAUAAGCCUCGGGAGACCCCAGGGCGCUUAGAAAUUCCCACAGGGCCAAGAUGCUAUUCCUGCUAUGUCUGUAGGAAAGUCUUCCAAGUAAGGAGGGAUUUGCUAAAGCACAAACGGAGCCACUCCAAGAGCCAGCUCUGCAGAUACCCAAAGUACAAAAACUCGUCCAGAGGGAAGUCCAAACUCAGGCGGACGCAGAGGCUCCUGUGUCAGAAGAAGCGGUUCCAGUGCAGUGAGUGUGAGAAGAGCUACUUCCUGAAGGGCAGCCUCGUCACUCAUCAGGUUGUCCACACCGGCCAGCGGCCCUACCCAUGCCCCGAGUGCGACAAGACCUUCCGGUACAGGGCCAACCUGAAGAAGCACCUGUGUCUACACCGCGGGGAGCGGCCGUUCUGCUGCGGGGAGUGUGGCCGGGCCUUCGUGCAGCAGUGCGAGCUCACGGAGCACCUGCGGCUGCACAGCGGAGAGAAGCCCUUCCAGUGUCCGCAGUGUGACCGGUGCUUCCGCCUGAAGAGGGGCAUGAAGGUGCAUCUGUCCCAGCACAGCGGGAAGAGGCCCUUCCACUGUCCCGAGUGCGGCCGGAGCUUCUCCCAGAAGGCCGCCCUGAAGACCCACCAGAGGACGCACAGCGAGGAAAAGCCGUUUUCUUGUGGUGAAUGUGGCAGGAAAUUCAUCUACAAGAUUAAGCUGGACGAGCACAUCAGAGUUCACACGGGAGAGAAGCCCUUUUCGUGUCCCGAGUGUAACAAAAGUUUCCGCCUCAAGAGAAGCCUGAAAGCCCACGGGCUGCAGCACAGCGGGAAGCGGCCCUUCCAGUGCCCGGAGUGCAGCAGGGGCUUCUUCUGGAGGAACGCCAUGCGCGCCCACCAGCGCCUGCACAGCGAGCAAAAGCCCUUCCCCUGCGCCGAGUGCGGCAAGCGCUUCACGCGGCCCUCCAAGCUCGCCUGCCACACCAGAGUCCACGACAGGCAGAAGGAGUUUCCCUGCGGCGAGUGCAAAAAGACCUUUUCUCAGCAGUCGCGGCUCACGCAGCACCUGAAGGUUCACACCACGGAAAAGCCGUUCUCCUGCGCCGAGUGCGGCCGCAGUUUCCGCCGGCGCGCGCAUCUCACUGAGCACAUGAGGCUUCACAGUGGCGAGGAGCCCUUCCAGUGUCCCGAGUGCGACAAGAGCUUCUCCUGGAAGGCCUCCAUGAAGUUCCACCAGCGGAUGCACAGGGACGAGAAGCCCUUCGCGUGCGGUGAGUGUGACAAGACCUACACGCAUCAGUCUCAGCUCACCGAGCACCUGAGGCUGCACAGUGGAGAGAAGCCCUACCAGUGUCCUGAAUGCGAGAAGACUUUCCGCCUCAAGGGAAAUCUGAAAAGCCACCUGCUGCAGCACAGUGGCCAAAAGCCAUUCUCUUGUGUGAUGUGCAGCAAAAGUUUCACUCAACAGUACCGGCUUACAGAACACAUUCGAGUCCACAGCGGGGAGAAGCCCUUCCAGUGUCCGGAGUGUGACAAGAGCUACUGCAUCAGGGGCAGCUUGAAGGUCCACUUGUAUAAGCACAGUGGAGAGAGGCCCUUCCAGUGUCCCGAGUGUGGCAAAGGCUUCCUCCAGAAGAGAAGCCUGAAGGCCCAUCUGUGCCUUCACAGUGGGGAGAGGCCUUUUUCUUGUGAUGAGUGUGGAAGGAGCUUCACGUACGUGGGGGCGCUCAAGACCCACAUUGCGGUGCAUGCCAAGGAGAAGCCCUCCAGCCUCUAGGUCAGGCCAUGCAGCAGUCACGCAAUCACAGCUUUCAGGGGGUGCCAGCAGCUCUGUUGGCUCAAGUUGAGGCAGGUUAAAGGAUUCACAGGGUAAGAUCGGGCACAGUGGCUCCCACCUGUAAUCCCAGCACUUUGGGAGGCCCAGGUGGGAGGAUCGCUUGAGCCCAGGAGUUUGAGACCAGCCUGGGCAACAUUGCAAGACUCCAUCUCUACAAAAAAUAUAAAAGUCAGCCAGGCGUUGUGGUGCAUGCUUGUGGUCCCAGCUACUUUGGGAGGCUGAGGCAGGAGGAUCGCUUGAGCCCAGGAGGCAGAGGCUGCAGUGAGCCAUGCUCACACCACUGCACUCCAGCCUGGGUGACAGAGCAAGAUCUUGUCUCAAAAAAAAAAAAUCACAAAAUACUGGCUACAGACACACUGGACGGGUGUGUGGUCUGCAGAACUCUAUGGCUCCUUGACAAAAGUUCCAAAUAAUCCAGUCAAAGACAGGCAAAGACAAUCUCCCUCAAUAAUCGUCAUAGGAAAGACCUGCCAGUUGUGGAGGAAACAUUCACACUGAUCUGCUAGUCCAACGAUCUCUUCAGUGUCAUCCAAUAAUCCCUUCAUUAAAUUCAGAAACUAUAGCCUGAGUGAAGAAAUGUUACAGCCAGGAACAUAUUCCUCAGUCAGCUUUUCCAUUACCAGGCCAUUUUACUUAAAUCUGUAUUAAAGUCUUCGGUUUUCUCUCAUAGUGGAUUUUCAUUUUCUCUCAGAUGGUGAGAGGGCUUCUGUUUCUUGGAAUGUUUCCAUAUUGCUAAAAAGAAAUGUCUUCCACUAUCUCAUUUGUUAAAA